AUGCUUUCCACAGUUCGCUUCAUUCUUGCACCUACGACUAAGAUGUUCUGGUCUUUACUAUUCUUGGAAGUUCUCAUUGUUUGUGAGAUCAGAAAGUCGUUUCAAGAUGCUUGUCUAGAACUGCCAUCCUACAUGACUGCCGAGGAACUAAGGAGACAUUGUCAAGGACGUCGGAUACUUGGCAGAUCGCCGAGUCAUUAUAUCUUCAAAGCUCACGGCAUGGGCGAGAAGGACAUCAACGAUCUCUUUGAAAAUGUUGUCGAGGUGAACAUGUGCGUCGAAAUUCACAGCACGUUCUACACUCAUUUACACUUUUCAAAUGUUCGUCGAUGGACGAGUUGCAUAUCAGGGCCAGCUUUAUCCAUCGUCGGAAAUCCAUACUUGAAAUAUGUCGAGCUAAACGAAAAUGUGAAAUUUGUUGGAGUCAAUGAUAAUAAGCCUGAGAUUAUCAUCCGUGGAAAUCGCAGAUUCGUACCUUACAACACCCUCCGACAGACACUCGAUCCUUACGGUGUGAAAUGGCAAAAAGAGGGAGAGUGCGUAUCUCCAUCAAAUGUCGAAGAUCUCUCUGAACUAAACUGUGACGCUUACUACGGAGACAUUGGUUUCAGCUACAAGCCAGCUGGUGAGCUGCCAGCUUCAGGUGGAGAGGUGGAUGGGUGUCUGGUCAUCUCUAACACACUGCUCACCGACAUCGAAUUCCUUCGUUCCUUCUAUUUCAAGCCUAACAAGGAUUGUCAAAAUGCCGUAGUAAACAACAAAUAUCUGUGCAUAUCCGAAAGCUUGGAAGCACACUUGAGAAAGCAGAUGAAGAUUAAAAUUGAAGGAAAUUUGCCGAAUCGCUGUCGGGAAUAUCUGGAAACUCAUGUAGUUCUUUUUGCUGCUGCGGGAUUGUUCUUGGCGGUGUUGUCCACAUUUUGUGUAUUACUGAAGUUAUACACUAUGUAGCUGUGACUCAUCAUUAUUGUGAAUGGUUUACGUCAACAUUCCAAUUUUCCAAGGAACACGUCUAGUGCUUUAGUAUCUAGUUUGAUUCCAAAUAAAUAC